AUGAUCGGUGAUGAGCUCCACAACGGUCGAUAUGUUAUUGCUCAUAAGCUUGGAUUCGGUCGAUCUGCCACUGUUUGGCUAGCGGAAGAUAGGGAAAAAUGUCAACUUGUUGCCCUCAAGAUUUCUACUGCAGAAUCCGUUGAUCGAACUAAUGAGUUGAAAUAUCUUUCACAAUUCAGGGAUGCUGCUAAAUCCCAACUUCCUGGUAAAGUCAAUGUACCAACACUUCUUGAUUCUUUCACCUUUUCAGGACCAAAUGGCACCCAUCUGUGUUUGGUUACAGACACUGCAAGAAUAAGUAUUCAUGAAGCUAAAGAUGCCUCCUAUCACCGGCUUCUCCACCUACCAGCUGCUCGAGCGAUUACUUCCCAGCUAAUACUUGGACUACAAUUCAUUCAUGCUCAAGGGAUUGUCCAUGGCGGUACGUUUGGCCCCGACUUUCAGGUCUUCAAGAAAUUGACAUUGAACACAGAUCUCCACCUUGGAAAUGUCCUUUUAUCCUUGCCGCCCGGUAUGCAGAGCAUGAACUGCGAGCAGCUUUAUGCAAAGACUGGAGAACCAACCAAAGAGUUUAUUAUUCAUCAUGAUGGGGCUCCUCUUGAUGAUGGGGUUCCUCCUGAAGCUAUUGUACCUGUAUGGCUUGGACUUGGGAGUGAUGAGAUCACACUUGCUGAUUCCCCUAUUCAAAUCGCAGAUUUUGGGGAGGCUUUCAGCCCCAAAGUAACAAAACAGUUUGUUGCCCAUACACCACUUCUGCUGGCACCACCUGAAGCCUUUUUUGCUGAAGCUGGGGCAGAUGAACCUUUGUCUUUCCCAGGGGAUAUAUGGACUCUUGCGUGUGCCAUAUGGGAGCUUUUUGGAUUAACCCACCAUUUUCGCCCUUCCUGCCACACUGGAUGA